AUGAUGCUUGGAAUGAGAGAAUUGCAAGAGCAAUUCGAUAUCAAGAAAAAGAUUGGCAGUGGCAGUUACGGCGACGUCUUUAAAGUACGAGUUCGUCAAACGGAUCAAAUUGCAGCAUUGAAAGUGAUCAAAAUACAAGAAGAUGAUGAUCUCGCCAUCAUUGAACAAGAAAUACAAAUACUUCGUGGCUGUGUACAUCCCAAUAUUGUCCAGUAUUUCCAUAGUGAAUUUCGCCGACAACAGUUGUGGAUCACCAUGGAAUACUGUGGCGGUGGCUCAUUACAGGAUAUUUAUAAGCGUACCGGCGCUCUAACUGAACAACAAAUUGCUUUUGUUUGUCGAGAAUCUUUGCGAGGAUUGGAUUAUUUGCAUCAGCAACAGAAGUUACAUCGAGAUAUAAAGGGCGCAAAUAUAUUAUUAACGGAAGAUGGCGACAUUAAAUUAGCCGAUUUUGGUGUUGCCGCUCAAAUAACCAAUACAUUUCAAAAGAGGCAGACAUUUAUUGGAACACCUUACUGGAUGGCACCCGAAGUCGCCAAUGUUGAACGCGAAGGGGGUUAUGAUCAAGCGUGUGAUAUUUGGGCUGUCGGCAUAACAGCUAUCGAGUUAGCACAACUAAAGCCGCCGCUAUAUGAAAUACAUCCUAUGAAGGCUCUUCUCAUCAUUGGUAAAUCAGAUUAUAAACCUCCAAAACUGAAGGAAAAGAAUUUAUGGACUGUCAAAUUUCACGAUUUUAUUAAAGAAACUUUAACAAAAGAUUAUACGAGACGGCCAUCUGCUGGAAAGUUGUUGCAGCACCAUUUUGCUGCGCAACCGUUGUCGAAAGAAUCAACGAGAGCCUUAUUGCAUGCAUAUCAUGCAAAAUUACAAUUAAAGAAGAAACAUAAGGAGAUGAAAAGAGUCAAAUCGGUGAAGCACCCAAAAGAGGAAUAUAAAGUUCCGGUUAGACAACCUGAAAAGGUGGAAAUCCCUAAGCCAAGUCGUCCUGCCCCAUCGCCUUCAAAUCAUGCCGUGAAUCCGACACCUGCCAUUCCUAAUAAGCCUCCGAAAUUACCUCCUAAACAUGCUGCCAUAUCUGCUGGUCCAAGUGGAACUCUUGUAGGUGAAUCUGGCGAAAAACCACCGAUUCCUCCUCGUGCGCCUACCCAACGGCGUUCAGUUUUGCCUUCUUCAAUGCACCCGGAGAAUCGUCGGUUAAAAAUAAAUAUCAAAACCCUCUUUUGUGGUUGUCCUAUGCAUAUCUAUGACGUUGCAUUUUGGUGUCGCAAUGAAGAAGAUAAAUGCAUACUUAUUGGUACCGAUGAGGGUGUAUUUCUGAUGAGCACUAAUGAGAAUGAGCCAACCCAUCAACAGUUUUUUCAAAUAAUCAGAAAAAAGACUGUAUGGCUUGCUGUUCAUAAAGAUACUUUAUCUGCGCUAUCAGGGAAUGACAGUUCAUCUUUAAUGCUUCGAUUUUAUAAUCUCAACCGGUUAUAUGAGAGAGUUGAAUUUUCGGCUAAUAUACUUAGCAAUUUACCAUUUCUCGAUAAUGGUAACAAAGUAACUGAUACGAAAGGAUGUAAGAGGUGUACUAUGAUAACGCACCCCUUUCACAAGGAUCGUACGUACUUAUGUGCUCAAUUGCCCGAAUCGAUACUAUUAAUGCAAUAUGAUGAACAUCAAAAUACCUUUAAAGAAAUCGAACGAUUUCCUUUUAAUUUUCCUGGUGAUUUGCCCUUAUUCGAAUUGUUCGCUGAUCAAGAACAUGAUUAUCCGUUUUUGUGCAUCGGUGUUAAGCUAAGACUACGUAAGAUUAACGCUUUUAAUGCAUUUGAUAAAGGUCAGACCAGGUUUUAUAAUUUGGACGGGACAUUAAAAUCAAGCAAUAACAUGCCUUCAGUAUUAAAUUUCUCUGGGAAUCCUUUGUUUGUUGUGGAAGAUUGUCAAGUCCAAGUAAUUAUAGGUAUCUUGGAAAACGGAAUUGAAAUUAAACAAUUUCAUGGAGGCAGAGGAGAUCAUGAUCAAAUUGUACCAAGUGGGGGUAAAAAAUUUCGCUUUUUAGGCUCGAAUAGCGCCAGAGUAUUUAUUGCUGAAAUAGAAGGCCACAAUGAAUACGAUCUUUAUGAGAUAGUUGUAAAAGUAUUAUUACCAUCCCAUUUAUUAAUUGUUAGAUUCUUAUUGAUUACCAGUAUAACUGAGAAUGAUGAUAUUUAA